AUGGAUUCCCCCCGGGACUCGAUGGCAGACGGCUGUAAGAUGAAAGGAGCACUCGGAAAGAUAAGAAGUGAAAGUGACGUUGCCAGCAGCCUUAGCAAGCUACGACGAGGAGGCGUGGCCGUGGCGUGCGGUGGACGCGCGCGGCGCUCGAUCCCCCGUUUGUCAGAGUCUGCGAUGGAGGGUCUGGAAAGCGGUGGUUUAGCUGCUGACCCUUUGUUGAGUGCGGCCCUCUCAUCCCCUCUCGGCUCCUCUCGGGAGGAUCUAUUUCUACAUGAUUUCGCCAGAUCAAGUCCACAUCCUGGCACUUUAUUCGGUAACUACGCGACGUUAACAACGUUGCAACCACUGCCGCCGAUUUCGACCGUCACCUCCAAUGGCGAUAAGUUCAGCAGAACUUCAUCACCUUCGAGGGAACGUCAAUCCAACUAUUUCUUCCCUCCAUCUAGUCAGUCCUAUAACUACAAUGUGAAUAUCAAAUACGAAUACGAUUUGAAGAAUGAAGAUGAUUCAAACGAUUCGCCUACCGGACAACCACCCAGCUCCACUCCGUCCGAAUAUGCACAGUCACAUGUCUCACAACCUACAGAUAGCACUUUCUCGUCGACUAACUUCGUUCCGGCCUACUCCGGUCUUGAAAUUAGGUCGCCUAAGCUCGAAAAAGAGUGUUUCUUUAAUGGUUACACGAAUGGCGACUGUGAUAUAGAUGACGAGUCUGCAUGUAUGACGAAUAACUGCUCACCGCUGGCCAAUGGACAUGGUAGUCCUGAAGGAGAAGAAGAUGACGAUGGCGAAGAACUCAACACUAAGGAUCUGGCACAAAGGAUAUCAGCCGAGCUGAAGCGAUAUUCAAUCCCUCAGGCGAUUUUCGCCCAGAAAAUUCUUUGCCGGUCCCAGGGAACGUUGUCAGACUUAUUGCGCAAUCCAAAGCCGUGGUCUAAGUUGAAGAGCGGCCGAGAGACGUUUCGACGGAUGGCCAAAUGGCUGCAAGAGCCCGAGUUCAAGCGCAUGUCUGAUCUCAGAAUGGCAGGUUUGUCGAGUCUGUCUCUCGCAUCAUUUUCUCUCGUCAUGUCCGCUCAUACCCCCUCUUGCCUCUCUGUUUACGGCGAAUCUGUCAUCAUUCGCCACGCUACCUAA